AUGGCAACAACCGAGGAAGUUGUUCGGCGGCUCCAGGAGUCUCGCCCACCUGCAACAGAUGCCGCCACUUAUCUGACCAUUGUCGAAAUGUCCUUGUCUCCAGAGAUCCUGCCUGCGCUGCAGGAGAUCCUGGAGGAUGUCUCAUUGACCACUGAAAUCGGCUGGGACAUGGUUGACAUGCUAAUCCCCAUCCCUGGCAGCGAAGACUGCCUGGAGAGCAUUGCGCGUCUGGGUAACCCACGAGAGGUCGUUCUAAAAGUGCUCGAGGUUAUGGAGAAAACCACCGCUGCGGGAGAGGAGGCUGAUGAGGAUGAUGAAGAAGAGAAAAAAGCAGGAGAAGAGGAAGCGGGAGGCUCCAAAGCCAUCACUACAAAAGGCGAGACGAAAGCUACCAGACACUUUGUCACACUCUGUGGAAUGUUGGGGAUUCUACUCAAACGGCUCCAGGUCAAGGCGCCAUCGCGGUUUCUACAUACUGCGCUUGAAACAGUGCAGAGAUGCUAUGAUGCUACAAGCGCAGCAUCUACGGCCGCAGUCAUUUCUCUGGUUCAGUCUCUUGCGCGCCAGACGCGACCCCCGCUGCCCUCGCGAAAAUCGAGCGUCAAGCUGGAUACGCCAUUCCAGGACAGUGAUCCGGCAAAACAAGCGCCGGACCCGGAAGCAGAGCGCUCAGAUAUUCUGAACAAAGACGAGCCGCAGAUAAUGACCAACUUACUGCAAUCAUUCAUCACAUGCGUCAUUGAGGCAUACGUCAACUCUAACAGUAUAGAAUGGGCCUCAAGAAUGCUCGAAUACACCUACCCGGAGCGCAUAGUGCCUGGCCGAAAGACUAUGAUCCAAACAUUCAAGGAAGUGGUGGAGCUUCAAGCAAAGGAUGCUCUAUUAGGGCAGCUGGUGGCCCUUGCUAGUGACCUGGGCUUGUCGAAACUGGCCCCUUUCAAGGUAAAAGAGUAUCUUGAAGGCCCUAUACAUCGGGCUCCUCUGUCAAUUGAUUUUGACCCCCAGCACCCAGAGCAACUCCAUUUGUCAACGGGUGGCUUAGUGUGUCUGAAUGCUUACUGGAUGUUUGCUGCCGACGUAUUUGAUGCGGAUCGUGGCGGUCCAGAUGGGGAUCUCCUUCCACAAUACCUGCUACCAGAUCAUCAAGUUCUGUUACAGAGCUUCCUGGGGGAUGAAUCUCAAGGCCAGAUUGCCACCAACCCAGGAACGAUUGAGGCCCUGGUCGUCAUGGCCAUCUGGCUUGACGGCCGGAAAGCAAUCUCAAACCCCAAAGGCGCCGAGACUGCUACAGGAUUCAUGCCCUACCACCAUCUCUUAACUCUCAUUUCCGUCUUCCACCCCAACAUCCGAGUUCGCAAUGCUGCAACCGUUGUAGCAGGCUCAAUUUUGCACUCCGAUCCCGAAGAAGAAGACCGACUGGCCAUCUUAGAAGAUCUAUUGGAGAGCUGCGUCUUCGCGUCUCUGCAAGCAUGUGCAGUCUCCUGGCUACGAGAGGAGAUUAUUGCGGCGAAAAAGGCCGGCUCAAAGGGUCGCUUCGCCGGUCCAGAAUGCUUCGACACCAUUCAAUACGCCUUGUUCCCAGAUCUGUCACAUCUCAAGCAGGCUGAUGUUUCGACGUUACUCGACUUCUGGGCUCAGAGUGCGCCCUUCCACCUGCAAGUAGCCAAUUUUGCGCUCUUCUUGUUUGGCGAAGACUACAAGAGUCUGGCUCCCGUCGGCAUGGCCGCGGCUAUUGAGCACCGCUACGUCGAGCCGCUGGUGCAUGCUGCGAAGACGUUGGAAAAGGCUGCUGGCGCAAAGGAGGUGGAAAUUGAUGGGGAGGGCCUGAUGCAGCUCGGAAUUCUGACGGAUACCCUGAGCCGGGUAUCCCUACAGUAA